CCCUGUCAUUCUUUUUCUUUAUCCCAUCACAUUCUCGUGUAAUUAACCCCCUCAUGCACUGUAGACCUAGAAGCCAAAGUCUAAUUAUAUAGAGCUAAACCUUAAAUGUCAAAUUUUCACGACAGCGCGAUAGGAUUGAGUGCUUAGGGGACUAACCUAGAACGAGGUGUCAGUUCGCAGAUACGUGUAAUGUAGUGUCUGUAGCCAACAUGAGCCACGAGAAUUCAGUAAUGGUUAACCUGAUGUCACCAUGGUGCACCUUUGCACUAGAAGACAUAGAUGGUGCAGAAGAGUGUGCUAAGUGCAUGUCGAGUUUCAACAGUGAUGGCUUUGUGUUUUGUUUGUUCUUGCUUUAAGUUUUUUAAUCCUUUUUACCGUUUUGGGCAUCAAGUCAAAAGAGUUUAGUCGAGCACAAUGGCACAGGGCGCAAGCCUCUCUCUCUCUCUCUUCCUUCGCUACCCCACAAGAAAGUGAAAUAACAAACACAUUGUCUCCUUAGAUUCCUUUCUUUUCUAUUUGAAGCGCACUCUCUCCCAGUCUCUUUCUGAUUUCCUAUAUCAGCUGGUGGGACUGGUUAUGUUUCUUUUGUCAGGAUUCUCUUGCACUCACUAUAUGAAAGGGGGAGAUGGCUAGAAUAACAAAGAAACAAUUAAAUAAACCUAAAAGCCCAACAUAUCUAUCCCCAACAGUAAAAAGAAGAAACCAGAUUCAUACUCUCUCCGUCUCUCUGUCUCCCUCCCUCUCUCUACUAUCUGACCUUCCUUUAAAGCUUGUUCUUCCUUCUCAUAUUAAGGCACCAGUCAUGGAUACAACCUCAACCCCUCAACCUCAAGACUCAUCCUCCAAGAGGCAUUUCCAUUGGACCAACAAGGUUGGAAAUGAAGACAUCCAAGUCCCCCCCUCCUCUGAAACAAUGUCCAAAAUCAUAGAGGAAGACACAAACACAAAGGGAAAACACGAACAAGAACAAGAUGACAAGGGUCUUCCACUCCCAGCCUCUGCAACCACUUCCCAAAGAAGAAAGCUUCAGGCUGUGGCAAUCUCAAGGCUCCGCUCCGUCCUCACCGUGUUCGGCAAGAACCGCUCCAACCUUCCCUUCGGCCUCGGUUCUCGAGUGGUCGGCACCCUCUUCGGCUACCGUCGCGGCCAUGUCCACUUCGCCUUCCAGAAGGACCCAACUUCCCAACCCGCUUUCCUCAUCGAGCUUGCAACACCCAUAACCGGUUUGGUUCGUGAAAUGGCUUCUGGGCUGGUCCGAAUCGCGCUGGAAUGCGACAAGGACAAAGAGUCAGAGAAGAAGAGCUUGAGGUUGCUUCAGGAGUCCGUGUGGAGGACCUACUGCAACGGCAAAAAGUGUGGCUUUGCCACCAGAAGAGAAUGUGGAGCGAAAGACUGGGAAAUCCUGAAGGCCGUGGAGCCAAUUUCAAUGGGUGCGGGUGUUCUGCCAGUGAGUAAUAACAGCGAUGGAGGUGAUGGGGAGGUGAUGUACAUGAGGGCUAGGUUUGAGAGAAUUGUUGGGUCCAGAGACUCUGAGGCUUUCUACAUGAUGAAUCCUGACAGCAAUGGAGCACCUGAGCUCAGUAUUUAUUUGCUUAGAGUCUAGUUACUAGUUACUACUACGACCAGCCCUUUCAGUUAUCAUACUUAACUUUCUUUCCCUUUUAGUUUCUUCUUUCUGGAUGUUAAACACUAGGCUAUUCCUAUACUACCUGUUUAGCUCCUCAAUCAUGAAAAUGGUCACUUAGUUCUCUCUGUUUUUUUUUUCUCCUAUUCCCCCUCUCCUUCCACCAGGAAGAAGAAGUGGGGUUUCAGUUUUUUUUUUGGUUAGGAUAGGGGGGUAGGGUAAAGGCAGAAAGGGGGAAAUUAAUUGUGGGUUACCAAUACUUUACAGGGUGAUGGUGGGGUGGGUCAUGAAAGGUGUAUAUGUAUAGUUUCCUUUCUAAUCCUUUAAUUAGUGAUAUGAGGCGAAGGUUAAUGCAAAUCAUCAUUGUCUUCUCAUUUU